AUGAACCUUUUACGGGCGAUAAACAGCGGCGUCAGAAGAACGAGCUUGUCGAUUGGAGUUGCACAGAAUUCACGAAUUUCGGCCAGAGCAUUUUCGCAAACCCCGAGUUUACUCGUCAAGGAGCAGGACUUGAAGAACGAAAUCGAAAAGGCUUUUCCAGAAGGAAAGGUCUCAGUCGAAGAUGCUUCUAAUGGAUGCGGAACUAAUUUUAAUAUCCAGGUUAUUUGCGAUUCCUUUGAAGGAAAACGAGCAGUUAAUCGAAAUCGAAUGGUGAAUAAAGUAAUCAAGCCGUAUAUGCAAGAGAUCCAUAUGAUUCGCGUGGAAACUUUUACCAAGAGCGAGUUCGACUCAUAA